UCGCAGGAAAGCCGCUCCGAGCCAGGGGCCGUUCCAAAGCCAGGUCUCGCCGUCGGGCCGGGAGGACUGAGCCCUGCGCAGAGCGAGCAGCAGCCUGGUCCAGGCGGAGGCCGAGGAGGGGCUCCAGGCGCCGAUCUUCGCGUGGCCCGGUGCCCGAGCCCCAGAGACGCUCCAAGACGCUUCUGGUCCCCGCAGCAGCGCCCCCGCCCCCCGUCAGCGCCUGCUGCGCGGUGCCUCCAGAAGGGGAACUUCGCGUUCGCAGGAGGCGCUGAACUGCAGCGCCUCCUCCCAGUUGACUCCCGGAGCCCCGUCUACGGCCGGCUCUGCGUGAACUUGCAAAGAAUAAUAGUAACUGUUACCUUGAACCAUCCAGAGCGCGGCCGGCGAGACUCUGCACUCCCGGCCCACACAAUAGCCUUCUAGGUUGGUGCGCGGCGGCGCGCGGUGCCUCCCGGGGCUCGGGUGAGGCUAGCGGUCCCCGCGGCGUUCCGAAGGCGUAACCGCCGGCGGCGACAUGGGGAAGGCAGAGCUGGCGCGGUGGUCCCGGGGAUCGCAGCGUGAGUCCGUGCUGCUGCUGCUGCUGCUCGCGGCGGCUGCAGCGCCGCUGACCGUGCCGGGUGCGCACGGGCGCCCCGCGGAGGAAGACGAGGAGCUGGUGCUGCCGGCACUGGAGCGCGACCCGGGACACAGGGACACGCACCUCCGCCUGGACGCCUUCGGCCGGCAGCUGAGCCUGGAACUGCAACCGGACCGCGGCUUCCUGGCGCCCGGCUUCACGUUCCAGACCGUGGGGCGCACACAGGGGCCAGAUGCUCCAAGUCCCGACCCGGUCGGCGACCUGGCGCACUGCUUCUACUCCGGCACAGUGAACGGCGACCCCAGCUCAGCCGCCGCGCUGAGCCUCUGCGAGGGCGUGCGCGGCGCCUUCCAUCUGCAGGGCGAGGAGAUUCCCCACUUUUCCCUGCACUUCGGCUCCGUGAAGCAGCUCUGCGGUUACAGCCCGGCUCCCUGGGGGCCCAGUCUCAGGAGCCUGAAGAGCUCUUUUAAAAAUAAUCAACGCGGGCCCAACGCAGGAACUCCUGUUUCCCUGGGGCAGCGGGAGUGGGGCAAUAGGCUGCUGGGCAGAGUGGGUGGUCUUUUUGCCUGCAUUUGGCAGGAGGAGUGCACCCCAGGGACCCCUGGAAUGAGAUUGCAGAGCGGCGCAGGCUGA